AUGGUUUAUACAAGGAAAAAAUGCCAGGAGCUGGGCAUAUCUCCUUCUGCAGAGGAGGCCUUGGCAGCCAACCAGCAGGCGAAAAUUACGCAGUACUUCCCUUUUAAAGCAGAAAAUUUGCCUACUUCAUCUGCUCAGCUGAACACCCUGAAGGCCAGCCCUCUCCCGGAAAGUUCUCACAACUGGUCACUAGAUUAUCAUUUGUUAAACAACCCACCCAAAGAUCCUUUCAGUGCUAAAAGCCUGGCGGAGGAAUUAAUUGAUGCGGGAUAUAAUUGUUCACUCGGCACAAACACUGAAGGCUUCCCCUCAGAGGUGAUUAUUAUCGACUCAAUACGCGAACCCCAGGAGCUCCAGGCGCCUUCUUCUAUGACUAAUCCUAAGAUCAAGUUGGUACCCCCACCAGGGUCUAAGUCUCUCUCCUGUGAUUGGGGCGAGUUAGUGAUGAAAGAAUUGGAUCUAGUAAAAGCGUAUAUAGCGGAAACAAACAGCUUGUUAACCACGCUAGUUAAAGCCAUUGGCCCGAUCCUCUGUGCGAAACCUACAGGCCUUGUUUCUCCGAAUGACUCAUGUACAGACAUUGAACCGCCUAAUUCGGCUCCUAAGCGGACUGGCAAAGUUGCCAAAACACUCCAACCUGCUAGACAACCUAAAAAAUCAAAGAAUGUCAAAAACCUUAAAUCUGGAUUGGUUGAGAAAAUGAACUUCAAACCGUUAUUUAAAUUGUUGGACUCUUCUAAAUCUCAGCUACCAACAGCUCAUUCCAACUCUGUCAAGCAAAGUAAAAAAUCUGCCCCAAAAAAGGAUUUACCCCGGAUGGAGGGAAACAGUAUCACCUCUCAAGGUGACGGCGGACAAGUCCCUAUGGGAAAUCAUCAGCCUACACAGGUGGAUUGGAGGCCAUCCCCCUCAACAUCUCAAAGUUCUGCAACCUCCCAAAGAUCAACUUCUUGGUCUCUAAAACUGAUUAGAGAAAAGUUGGCGGUUACGUGUCUUCCGUGGGCGCCUGGUUCCUGGCCUUCAACCCCGAGUAUAUCGCAUAUGGAAAAUUGUUUUAGGCCAUUUCUACCUGCCUCCCAUCACUCGAAAAAUAUUAAGCAUAUAUCUAAGCUGUAUUCUAACCCGAACUGUUGGCGUCUUAUCAUCACUUUUCGAACUUCUUUCCUUGCGAAUCAGAUCUAUACUGCCAGAGACCAGUUGAGGAAGCGUGGCAUAGCGGUUCAACGUUAUUUCAGGGAUCUGCCCCCCCCAAAAUCGCUAUAUAAUUCUCAUGUAAAUUGGCCUAGUGCUUGCGGAGUUACAUUCACAAUGCCCUCUAUUAGUUCACCAAUCCUUUCGACUCCUUUAGCUUGUGACUCCAAGAUGCCCGAACAACAUUGGGCUUCCAGAUCCACCCGUGAGACAAUCUCUCUGACACAGGACAGUUUUGAGCCAGAAGAACUGCACCUCAUGGAAACUUAUAGUCGUCUACCUGAAUUUGAACGUAUGGCAAUUAUCAAUAGACUAAAACAGCUGAUUGAAUGUCUAAAUAGCAUACGUUCAGAAGACUCCUUGGCAGCUUCUCAACAGUGCCCACCCAUCUAUCCGGACAACUCAAGCAAGUCUCUAACCACGGUCGUUGUUGAACAACAUAGCCAACACCUAUGUCCUCUGCCCAUUAUUACCAAGUCUCCUGCUUUUGAUGGAGCCAUGCAGACAAGCUGCGCUCCUCGCUGUAAAAUAGCUCCUCCUUCUAUGGAGGCUGCCAGUGAUUCCACCUGGCUACAGAUGCGUUAUUUACAACCUGAGGAACUUGGCUCGCCAAAUAAGGAACAUAAGGCCAAGUUACAUCUCCCAGUCCCAACGCUACAAACGUUGCGGAAAACUUCUAAUGAAACAUGGCUGACAGACGAUGAGACACUCUUGCUUCAAGGGUUUAAAACCUGGUUGAAACCGGCCAGGAAAUAUGGUGGCAAAGGACGUGGGCGAGGCGGUUUGGCAAUAUUAUUGGCUACUAACCUUGAUUGCCAAGCUGUUUUACCCAACAUCGAGGCCCCAGAAACUUGCUUAGCUUUGGCAAGCUCCGUGCCCGAGGCCUUACCGGAACAGUACCGGGAGUUCGCGGAUGUGUUUGGGAAGCAAGAGGCAGACCAGUUGCCGCCCCAUCGUCCUUACGACUGUCCCAUUGAUCUGCUCCCCGGAGCCAAGAUUCCCGUGGGCCGGCUUUAUUCCCUGUCAGAACCUGAACUGGCAGCCCUCAGAGAGUUCCUCGACAAGAACCUGCGCCGAGGGUUCAUUCGCCCUUCCACGUCCCCUGCAGCCGCCCCUGUCCCCUUUGUCAAAAAGAAAUGUGGGGAACUCCGGCUGUGCAAUGACUACCGCGCCCUCAACCAGAUUACAGUUCGGAAUCGCUACCCUCUGCCCCUGAUCCCAGAACUGUUAGAGCGGCUGCGGGGCGCUCGCAUUUUCACCAAACUAGACCUGAGAGGGGCCUACAACCUGGUGCGUAUGCGGGAGGGAGAUGAGUGGAAGACGGCCUUCCGCACACGUUAUGGGCACUUUGAGUACACCGUGAUGCCGUUUGGCUUGUGCAACGCCCCUGCCGUCUUCCAGCACUUCAUGAAUGACAUCUUCCGGGACCUCCUAGACCGCUUCCUGGUGAUCUACUUGGAUGACAUCCUGAUCUACUCGCGGAACCCCUCGGAACAUAAGGAGCACGUUCGAGCGGUGCUGCAGCGCCUGCGGGAGCACCGCCUCUUCGCCAAGCUCGAUAAAUGUGCCUUUGACCUCAUGACCGUGGAUUUCCUAGUCCAUCAGAUCUCGCCCUCGGGUAUCCAGAUGGACCCUGCCAAAAUUGAGACCAUCCUCCACUGGGCUGCUCCGCGAAGCCCCAAAGAUGUGCAGCGCUUCUUGGGCUUCGCCAACUAUUACCGCCGGUUCAUCUCCCACUUCUCCCAUCGGAACCGGUUGUACGUUCCCCCGGGAGCUCUGCGGGGAGAGGUGCUCCACCUCUGCCAUGACAGCCAGCCGGCAGGGCAUUUUGGAACGUAUAAAACCCUCCACCUGGUCCUACGGGAUUUCUGGUGGCCCCGGGUCCAAGCGGACAUCAAGGACUAUGUAGCGGCCUGUGAUACCUGCCAGCGAGCCAAGAGCCACCCCGGCAAGCCCCCGGGACUCCUGCUCCCACUGCCUACCCCCCCUGGGCCCUGGCACUCGGUCUCCCUGGAUUUUAUCACGGACUUACCGGCCUCCCGGGGAAUGACCACCAUCCUCGUAGUCGUAGACCUGUUCACCAAGAUGGCCCAUUUCCUCCCCUGUGCCGGCCUACCGUCUGCCCCAGAAACUGCGCAAUUGUUCUUGACCCAGGUUUUCCGGUUACACAGCCUCCCCGACCACCUGAUCUCUGACCGAGGAGCCCAGUUCACCGCCUGGUUCUGGCAGGCCCUGUUUCGGGCCCUGAACGUCCAGAUCCACUUGUCCUCCGCCCACCACCCUCAAUCAGAUGGACAAACAGAACGGACCAACGCCACCGUCGAACAAUACCUGCGGUGUUACACCUGCUUCCAACAGGACAAUUGGGUGGAUCUGUUACCGCUGGCGGAGUUCGCGUAUAAUAACUCUGUGCAUGCCUCCACGCGCCAGACCCCGUUCUUUGCCUCCUACGGCUACCACCCCCGAUUCUUCCCCUCAGUACGACCCCCGUCACCGGUCCCCGCUGCGGAUGUCAUGCUGCAGGAGUUGCAAGCCCUGCAGGCAGUCCUGAAGGAGCAGCUGGAGCAGGCCAAGGACGCGUAUAAGCGCUUUGCUGAUCGCCACCGCCAACCAGGCCCGCCGCUGAAGGUAGGCGACUGGGUAUGGCUCUCAACCAAAUUCCUGCGUUCGCAACGGCCGUCUCACAAGCUGGAGGCUCGGAAUGCAGGUUCCUUCCGGAUCACCCAGCAAAUUAACCCGGUGGCGUUCCGGCUCCAACUCCCUGCCUCCUUCCGCAUUCACCCUGUCUUCCAUAGAUCACUGCUGACUCCCGCUCUCCCGCCUCACCCCUUGGGUAGUCAACCACGGCCCCCACCACCGAUACAAGUCAACGGGGAAGAGGAAUUCGAAGUGGCGCAGAUCCUG